AUGGCGUAUCAUACAUAUCUCAAUCACAGCGGUCCAGUAGACAUAGAUCCAACGGCAUGGCCCAGCAGCUAUUACGGACGGACAAAGCGAAUCGAUCUAGCCAAAGUGUACAGCGACACCCUACUCAGAGUCAAUCAGGAGCACGAACAAAGAAAGCAAAAACGCAAAGGUCGACGGCAGGUCAGCUUCACCACAGCGCCACCGGUGAUACACGAAUACGAACGAGAAGAUAGCCGUGAAUACUGUCGCAACAGACGAAAAUACGACGACGCUGGACACUUGAGGUUACAAACUUUGGAUCUCCGUCCCAUACCCAAUAGCUUGUACACCCAUCCGACUCCUGGCUCUUCUGUUUCUGCUAGUGCCGUCGUCACACCAACAACAACUUUGCCAUCAUCAUCAUCAUCAUCAUCUCCCACAUCACCAUCAUCUCCUCCUAUACCACAGCCACAAACUCCACGAUUAUCAGUUUCAUCACCAGCACGUUCGAGACGAGCACCUUCAUCAAAAUCACAACCAUCAUCAUCACUGCAGGACAAUGAUGACGAGAAGCUGCAAGACAACGGGGAAGACGAAGACGUGUUGUCAUUCAAACCAGCUCGGAGACCAUCCAUCAGCCGUGCAUUCUUGAACUUGCGAUUUUACAACAAGAAAUAA